AUGAGUCGCUUGAAGAUACGAUGGGUUCUAACACGCGUAGCUCUAAUUAUGACCGUUUUAUUACUUUUUCAAUUUGUCAGCCAGCUUGGGUUGAUGAAGAUGCGCGGUCCGGACUGCGUGGAGAAUCAAAAAGUCUUCAACGAAUUUGCCAGGAUCAGGGAAAAUCCAGAGAGAAUCAUUGAGAACGUUGCACAAGUGAAAACUAACACAGACUUCACAAAAAUAGCUAAAAAUAUGAAACAAUCUGAUUCCAAGAGCGCCAAAGACUUGCAGAACAUAGUUGGCAAUUUAAAACGCUUAGCCUUGGAGCUUUCCGAGACAAGACGGACCUUGAUUAGGUCUGCCUUACAAUAUCAUCGUGUUGGACAACAUAUUGAAUCUUUAAAUGAUAUCAUCGAAUCUUUGGGUGGAAAAACUUUUCCUCAACAGGAUGCAAACGUCCCUGUAGGAAAAUCGUCACUAGAAAAUUCCGCUUCUUCUUCUAAAAAAGAGGUUUGUCCUGAGAAGUUUAUGGGUAAAAGUUUAGCUUAUGGAUAUCCUUAUUUCAGAAAAGGAUUCCAGCGAGUCAACUGUGCAGAGUUUGUCCCAAUUCACUUACUCGUCACGGUACUUUUGGUCUUACCCGAAGAAUUGUCCGAGAAAAAACAAUUUCAGUUUUUUCAAGGCGUCGCACAAUAUGAUCCAAGAAUAAGUAUUUUUAUUGCAUCUACGAAAAAGUUCCACGUCGAAAAUUUGGCGAAACUGAAUUUGAACAUUAAGAAUGUGGUCUUCGCAGAACUCACGCACGGGGAGACGUGGACCAAGCUACUACAGGAAGUGACCACGCCCUACGUGCUUCUUGCUUCUGAUGUAACUCACUUUGAUGAUGACGUAGAUCUUGAGCGCCUCGUGCGCGUGCUCAGUGACAACAAAAAUGCAGUUGUUGCCGGGGGGAGCCUUCGAAAUCAGGAGGGGGAAUGGGACAUUGGCUGUGUUCAAGUUACAUUUAGGAAUUGGACUGCCUACUUUAGGGGUGGUUAUUACCACUCUUUUUCCGAGUGUGUUGUGUGCGAUGUGCUGUCUGGUCCUUUUAUGGCCAAAACCGAGGAGCUACGGAAAAUUGGACUAGACAAAAAGUAAGUAUACCACUAAAUAUAUUCAAAUCUCGAAGCAUUUGAGCGUUGUUAUAUGGCUGAGAGGGUGGGGUAGGAGGGGUUAUAUUAAAACCUUUGGUUCAUACAAUUUCGUAAGGAGUUUUGGGUGAACCUUUACCUGGGGAGUUGAAGAGGGGGGUAUGAAUAGAUGAGCUUGUAAUCGGGGGUUGUACUGUAUGUCUAAAGUCCCGUAUCAGAGUGAAUAUUUUUCCCUCGUAUGGCGAGGGGGUUAUGAAUCUGAAAUUUAGCCUUAUAACCGAGCACAUUUAACAGCAUUUAGCAACUCUAUCUUUUCUCGACUAAGCACCAACAAUUCCUACUAUAUCCCAGGAUAAAUGUUUUCUAAGGACUCUAAUAUAUCAUGCUCUAUUGUAUGCUAAAACGUGAUUUGCCCCUAAACGUUUCGCUUCAUUAAUUUUCCUGUAAGCGAUCCAUGCAAUCUGCACUAUAUAUGGAGUGCCUGAUAUGGCAUUAUGUAUAAAAGUAUACCUCCUCAAGAUUACCUUUUGUGUUGGGGGAAUAUUUUGAAAUUAGGAACUUCAGGAUUCAGUUUUAUGACCGAUUGCAGUUAUUGCCACGCGAUGCCCCCUUCGAGGUAGAAAUUGCAGAUUUUGGUCUCAAAGCCAAUCUUUUUACCCAUGAAGGUAUGGUUAGGAUAAAGCGCAAAGAAAAUUAAAGUAACAACAGCAAUAAUAAGAAACAAAUACCGUCACAUGGUCUCCUUUAGGAGUCAAAUAAUGCUUAAGUCACUCUCAGAUUGUCUUUUACAUGUGUCUCCCUGGCUCCUCUGCUAUUAUCGAAAUGUUUCAUUGUAUUUUUUUCUUGAUUAGACCACUUAUCUAUUGGAGUCCUCGUUUUUGUUUCUUCCAUAGCUUACAUUUUGGCGUCUUCCAAGACAUUUUCUGGCGUCUAAAAACUCAUUACCCGGAGAAGAUAGUCGUCAGCUGUCCUGACGUCAUGUUCAAUACGUAUUUCCGGGAAAUCCCGGAUGAACGAUAUGUAGAUUUGGCCAGAAAAUGGGACGUGAAGAAAUGGGUCGAGUCUAGUGGCAGAGUCCGCUGGUAUGGCUGUAGGCGUGGCCACUCUCACACCAGCUCAGACUCGUGCAGCUUUAACUCAGGAAUCGGGGUUCCCCCAUGUGAUUUGGAAAAUCUUGCGGAUGCCAUCAAAUUUGUUAUGAAGGAGUGUGAAGAUGCUGGUUUGUUCUGCGAGUUUCAAGAAGGAACUUUAUUAGGUAAUUUCAAUUUCUUCUGCUAG